AUGUGGAACGGACUCUUCAUGCUGCUCGGCCUGAGCAUGAUUAUGGCCAUUUCCUCCUUUCUCGCCGGUUCACUACCUCUAUCUUUUUCCAUGUCUCAACGCCACUUACGCUUGAUGUCUGCUAUGGGCACUGGCGUGUUAGUUGGCACUUCGCUGAUCGUCAUCAUCCCCGAGGGCAUCGAGACUUUGUACACUGCCAGCGAAGCAGCCGAACACACACAAAACGAGCGUCGAGUAUACUUGGACGACCUUGGUAUACCAACGUCAUUGCACGCUCGCUCUCCGUCGCGCAAUCUCGAAGUCAUUGACCGCUGGAAGGCGGACCUCGAGCGUGCGAAGGGCAAUGCCGAAGCAAUUGCAGGCCUGAACGAUGACCCGGCAGGUUUCUCUCGAGCUGCACAGGUCCCCGACCCAAUCGAAGACGACGGCGACGACCCUGUGCAGGUCGGUCGACCUGAGGGGUCGGAGCACCACAGGGAGAAGCAUGAACACAGGGAGCCGCACGCCUGGGUCGGCUUAUCCCUGAUCUUCGGCUUCAUCCUCAUGUACUUGAUUGAUGCCCUACCCAACAUCAUGGCCGCCGCACCCACAAAGCCUCUUCAUAUAUCUCUGUCGAACCUCUCCAGCGGCCUUCACCACUCGCCUUCCCACUCGCCGAACCUCUACCCAGCCGACGCCGCUGCUCCUGGCGUUCAAUCCAGCCCCCCAGCCACAACCAUCGGUCUUGUAAUCCAUGCUGCCGCCGACGGCAUAGCACUGGGCGCCUCGUCCAGCACCUCCAGCACGAAACUUGGCCUUAUCAUCUUUCUCGCAAUCAUGCUUCAUAAAGCACCUGCCGCUUUUGGUCUGACGUCCGUGCUGCUCAAGCAGGGCCUCAGCAAACGCACAGCCCGCGCACAUCUCAUCGUUUUCAGCCUCGCCGCGCCCGCUGGUGCGAUGGUAACCUGGGUUAUCGUCAAUCUCCUCGGGCGAGAAACCCUAGGCGGAGAAGAGGGCAUGCAGUUUGCAACAGGAUGCGUGCUGCUCUUCUCUGGCGGAACUUUCCUCUACGUCGCCAUGCACUCUAUGCAAGAAACAUCGUCCUCCCAUCCUCACAGCAGCGGCUCACUCCAUUCUCGCGCUGGAUCGACGAACAGCUCUAUCCUUAAUGGCUAUGGCGACAGCGGUCUGCUGGAUGGAUACGCUGGUGGCCAUGCGAAGAAGGGUCAGAGUGGGACGGAGAUCGCGAUUAUGGUGGCUGGUAUGCUGGUUCCGCUGCUGACGCAGGUGGGACAUGGAGCUCAUGGGCAUUGA